UUCUUUCUAGCAGCUUACUAGCAUUGAUCUGUUCUCUGGUUGUUUUGGAAAGGUUUCUUUCUUCCAAGUUUUUCUCCUCCAAUGGCUCAGCAGAAGAGGCCUGCGCUCUGGAGAACACAGCCCAAAGUGAUCACGUCUCCAAGAACAGCUUCUUUUUCUUCUUUUUCUUCUUCUUCUUCUUCUUCUUCUUCUUCUUCUUCUCCAGCUCUCAAAAGGCCUCCGAUGCUACUGCUCAAAAAGUCCGACCACAUCUUGUCCGAGAACAUCGUUCCCAAGAGUCCGGAGCAGGAUCAAGCCGGAGGAUCAUUGUUCAAUAAAAUCAAGAGCUCGCCCAAGAAGAAGAAGGCGAAGAAACUCUCGCCCACGAGUCCAACCAUCAGUAUCCUCGUCGAGAGGCAGCAUUUCGUGGAUAGAGCUCCAUCUUUGCGGGAAUUGCAAGAACAAAGAAAGGCAAAGAUAUCACACUAUGGUCGACGUAUCGGCUCCGCCAAGUCCGUUCCGGAAAAGCCCCUCUUCUCUCCAACGCCAGCUUCGAAGAAGAGAUGUGGAUGGAUCACUCCACAGAGCGAUCCAGUCAAUGUUGCUUACCAUGACCAUGAAUGGGGAGUUCCUGUUCAUAAUGAUAAGCUGCUGUUUGAGCUGCUCACACUUGCUAGUGCACAAUCUGAGCUUAGUUGGUCUGGUAUAUUGGCAAAACGUGAUCUCUACAGAACUGCAUUCUCCGGGUUUGAUCCAUCAAUCCUUUCAACUUACGAUGCAGCACGGAUAGCAGAAACCCGAUCAAGUGUUGACAUUCUCCAGCAAGAUGGCAAAGUGGAGAGUGUGAUCGAGAAUGCAAGGAGGGUUCUCCAAAUCUCCCAUGAGUUUGGCAGCUUUGAUCAAUACAUAUGGAGCUUUGUAAACAACAAGCCAAUUGUAACAAGCUUUCGGAUGUCGUCCCAAGUUCCCAUCAAGAGCUCAAGGUCAGAGGUAAUGAGCAAAGAUUUAAUCCAGAAAGGAUUCCGAGGUGUGGCUCCAGCGAUUGUCUACUCUUUCAUGCAAGCAUCUGGGCUGACAAAUGAUCAUAUUGUGCAUUGCUUUCGCCACAAAGAAGUUCAUUCACACCACUCCAACUCAAUGCUACACUCAAUUUGACCUUUAAGAAAGACAUACUCUUUAACUUAAUAUUGACAUGUUGGGUAUGUAAGAUUUUCUAGUAUAUUCAAUAUUGUAUAUUAUAUAAAACAAAU